AUGGUGAUGUCCAAUCACGUCGUCGACGAGCAGACCUCGUUAUUGGCUUCGCAUGACCAAGGCUCAAAGAGAACAAACUAUCAAGCUACACCACAUCACCAGGACAACAACGGCGAUAACUCCACGACAUCCUCUUCGCCAACACAGAAUGAGUCAGAUGACCAUGUCAAAGUUAUGCCGCCACUGCGCAAGCUUGCGCCUCUCCUCACUGCUGUUUGGGUUCCCGUCUUUGUCGCCAGCAUGGACGGAACUGUCACCGCUACACUCAUCUCGAGCAUCAGCAGCUCCUUUAACGCAUCCGAGCAGGCACAGUGGCUCGGGUCCGCCUACCUUCUCUCGGUCGCCUGUUUCACGCCCCUCUAUGGCCGUCUAACUGACAUUGUAGGACGUCGCAACUGCAUGUUCAUCGCGCUUACCUUCUUCACUACCGGCACCUUGUUGUGUGGUCUUGCCACCUCGAUGAAUGUGCUCAUCUUCGCCCGUGCGCUAGCUGGAGUAGGAGGCGGAGGUCUCACUACAAACACCAGCAUUAUCCUUUCAGACGUAGUCCCGCUCAAGAAUCGUGGUCUGUUGCAAGGCUUGACAAACAUCAUCUUUGGUUUGGGCUCGGGCCUCGGUGGGCCCAUCGGCGGUUGGAUGAACGAUACCAUCGGAUGGCGACGUGCUUUUCUGAUCCAGAUUCCGUUAUUGCUUGCCGACUAUGUGCUAGCGUUUGCCUUUGUCAGGGUCAAGACGCCCAAUAGGCUCGUACAUCAGUCCAAGUGGGAGAAGCUCAAAUCGAUCGAUUUCGCGGGUGCCUUCUCGCUCGUGCUGGGUCUUUCAAGUACCUUGAUCUCACUGAGCCUGAUGAGCGCCAACGACGUGCCCUUGUCGCAUCCGACGGUGUGGGCUGGAUUUGUGAUCGGGUUCGCCAGUAUCAGCUUCUUUUUCUACGCAGAGGCCAACAUCGCACGCACGCCCAUCUUGCCACUACGUCUCAUCACGCAGCGCUCCGGGGCUGCGGUGGCAUUCGCCAAUUUCUGCCUCUCAGUUGUCUCGUUUGGUACGCUGUACCACUUGCCUCUUUUCUUUCAAGCCGUUAAGCUCGAGACGCCUUCGUUGGCUGGAUUGCAUCUCAUUCCGAACAGCAUUGCGCUCAGUGUUGGCUCGGUGCUGGCAGGUGUGGUGAUGCGAAGCUCAGGUCGGUACUACAGGUAUAACCUGAUCAACGCAAUGAUUAUUACCGUCUCGAUUGUCUGUGUCGCACUUUUCACGCGGUCCAGCUCGGAAGCUUUCACCUAUGCUUCGAUCGUACCACACGGGUUUGGGACAGCCGGCGUCCUGACCUGCACUUUGAUCGCGCUCAUCAACUCAGUCCCUCGAUCCGACGUAGCCGUUGCCACGAGCAUGUCGUACAUGGCACGCAACACGGGCCAGAUCCUGGGCGUUUCUGGCGGUGGUACGCUCUUCCAAGCGCUACUGAAGAGGCAGCUGCGACAGAGGAUCACCGGCAAGGGAGCUGACGAGAUCAUCUCUGAGAUCAGACACAAGACUUCCAUCGUGCCCGAAUUGCCGAAAGAACUGCAGGAGGCAGCGAUAGAGUCGUACGCAUUUGCAUUGCGAUGGGUCUUCAUUGGUAUCGCAAUCGUUAGCGUCGGGACAAUCAUUGGAAGCGCAUUGAUUGAGGAUAAGGAGUUGCCGUCUUAUGAGAAUGCGAAGCCGGACUCAGAUGAUCAAGCGCAACAUGGAGAUUGUGAGUAG